AUGGAGGGCUUCACUGUCGGUAUCAUUGGCAUGGGCGACAUGGGCAAGAUGUAUGCUCGUCGUCUGUCUGCCGCUGGCUGGAGAAUCAAGGCAUGCGAUCGGGACGAGAAGUACGAUAGUCUGCUGGAGGAAUUUGGCGACAAUAAUAAUAUACAUAUUGUCCGAAAUGGCCAUCUUGUGUCACGAGAGAGCGACUACAUUAUUUACAGCGUAGAAGCAGCAGUAAUCAGACACGUCGUCAAGGAAUUUGGUCCAUCUACCAAGAUGAACGCCAUCGUCGGCGGCCAGACAUCAUGUAAAGCCCCAGAAAUUGCAGCUCUGGAGGAACACUUGCCACCUGAUGUCGACAUCAUCCCCUGCCACUCUCUGCAUGGCCCCAACGUCGACCCGAAAGGGCAACCUCUGGUCCUGAUCAAGCACCGUGCCUCCGACGCUUCCUUCUCUAAAGUCGAAACCGUUCUCUCGUGCCUCAACUCCAAGCACGUCUAUCUGAGCGCUCGUGAGCACGACCGCAUCACGGCCGACACGCAAGCUGUCACCCAUGCGGCCUUCCUCUCCAUGGGCAAAGCCUGGCACGCGAUGCAGCAGUUCCCCUGGGAGGGCGCCCGCUACGUCGGCGGGAUCGAAAAUGUCAAAAUCAAUCUGACCAUGCGGAUCUACAGCGCGCGGUGGCACGUAUACGCCGGCCUGGCGAUCCUCAACCCGGAGGCCCGCAAGCAGAUCACACAGUACGCCCGGAGCACGACGGAGCUGUACAAGUUGAUGCUGGAAGGCAACCGCGAGGGUCUACGGCGGCGCGUGUACGCCGCUCGCGAGAGGGUGUUUGGCGGUGAGGACGCGCCCAAGUGGGCGUCCACCACGCUCCUGCGCGACGAGAUCCUGGACCGCUUCAGCUUGGGCAAGAAGCCCGAGGAGGGCAAGGCGCUGCCGAAUAACCACCUGUCGCUGCUCGCCAUGGUGGACUGCUGGAGCGCGCUGGGAAUCGUGCCCUAUGACCACAUGAUCUGCUCGACGCCGCUCUUCCGUCUGUGGCUGGGUGUGACCGAGAACCUGUUCCGGCACCCGGAGCGGCUGGAUGAGGCCCUGAAUACCGCGGUGGAGGACAAUACGUUCCGGAGCGACGACCUCGAGUUUACCUUUGCCGCACGUGGGUGGGCCGAGUGUGUGAGCCUGGGUCACUUCGACACCUGGAGGGAGAGGUUCCGCGAGACGCAGACGUUUUUUGAACCUCGGUUUACAGAGGCGAACAAGAUUGGCAAUGCGAUGAUCAAAGCAGUGCUGGAGACAACUACCAAGGAGGAGUAG